AUGAGACAACAAGCAGCAAAGAAAACCUUUCACAAUCCAUAUACAAAACACAGAAACCCACACGUUCGUAAAAAGAGCAAUAAUCAAACAGGCUCAUCUCCCGAGCAGCAUCUACAUCCCAUCUCCUCUCCUCCGCCAGUGCCUCCAGACAUCAUCGACCGCGAGUCUUCCGGUGACCUGACCGUCCGAGAAGGUCAAGACGUGAAUCUGACCUGCCGUGCCAAAGGUCACCCGACGCCGAACAUCGUCUGGAGGAGAGAGGACAACCAGAAGAUUGUCUUGGAUGCUGAGAAGACAGUCCCCCCGGUCGCGUGGGUGCCACAGCAGCUGGAGGGUGCCUACAUCGGCCAGGAGCUGACCAUCGAGUGCCACACGGAGGCCUUCCCCAAGAGCAUCAACUACUGGACCAACACGAAGGGGAGACAUUUUCGUGGCAUGAGGGGGGAACCCCGGGGCCGGGCUGCGGGGUCGUGGGUUGCUAGCGAUCGCUUCGACCCCAUCGUGACGGAGGGAACCUACAAGGUGUACAUGGAGCUCAGGAUCCGGCGCGUGGAGGCCGAGGACUACGGGACCUUCAAGUGCAUCGCCAAGAACUCCCUCGGGGAGACCGACGGCGCCAUCAAGGUUUACCAAAUCGAGACCCCGAAGGCCCACAGCAACUCGGUUUCCAGCUCGGAGGAACCUGAAGGCGCGUCAGGAGAGUCGCCGCCGCCGACAUCCACGCGGCACCUCGGCAAAGACCACAAGAAAUACGAGUCUUAUCCGCAUCCAAAGGGAGUCAACGAUAUAAGUGACGAACAUCGACGAGCUAAAUCACAGGUUGGCAAAGGUUCGGGUCACCUGAACACCCUACAUCGAGGUCGCCAGCCAGGCUACCCCGUUCGGCCGGACCAGGACAGCGGCGCCCGGGCAUCGACGCCUCACACGGUCACCCUCCUCCUGCUGCCACUGUUCGCCCUCGCCUUCUGCCCUCCCUUCAGGCUACCUUCCCUCCCCUCUUGGCUAGCUCUGCGCCUGUAGUUACGUAAUUAGCUUUGUUCACGGAGGAGAAUUCUGGCGAGGGCGUCGCGGGCGAGGCGAAAAGCGGGCUGUCAGCUGGUCGCGUGUGGGUUUUGUGUGUGAUCUGCCCCCGUGUCUUUGGGGCGUGUGGUUUCGCGUUGGAUGGGGCAGUGGGCGGCGAGGUCAGAGGUUAGAGGAAAAGGAGAAAAGAGAGAGAAGAAAAAAAGAGAGAGAAUUGUUAUCUUCUUUGUAAUUUUUAUUUUUUAUUUUUGUUAACAGCUUGUUUCUUAAGAUGUUUCGUCGGUAUUUAAGACAGCAAGAGUAUGUUUAUCUGACUUUUCUUUAUCUGAAAGACAAAAAGAAUGAAAAGGAAAAAACAAUGUAAAAUUAUAAGAAGACGAACUCCGAAAGAAAUAAAAAAGUGAAAGACAAUAAAAAA